AUGGCCUCUGAAAAUAAUUUUGUGAGGCUUGUAAUUCCACGCUUUGCUGGUCACUAUGAUCAUUGGAGCAUGCUAAUGGAGAACUUCUUAAGAUCUAAGGAGUAUUGGCAAGUCAUUUCAGAUGGAAUAAUAGGACUAGCAACAGACACGGCAAUGACGGAAGCGCAAAAAAUAGAGAUAGAAGGGCAGUGGUUGAAGGAUCUCGAGGCCAAGAACUACUUGUUUCAAGCUAUUGAUUGGUCAAUCUUGGAAACAAUUCUUUGCAAAGAAAUUUCCAAGCAAAUUUGGGAUUCCAUGAAGAAGAUGUACCUGGGAUCAGUAAGGGUGAAGAGGCAGCAGCUUCAAGCACUUCAUACGGAGUUCAAAAUGCUUCGGAUGAAAUCGGGAGAGUCGGUUAUAGACUAUUUUUCUCGAAUGAUGGCAAUCGUCAACAAGAUGCGUAUCCAUGGAGACAAGAUGGAGGAUGUGACUGUAAUUGAAAAAGUUCUUCGAUCAUUGACGCCAAAAUUUAACUAUGUGGUUUGUUCAAUUGAAGAAUCAAAGAAUCUUGAUGAUCUUUCAAUUGAUGAGCUGCAAGGUUCGUUGUUGGUUCAUGAACAAAAAUUUAAAUAG